AUGAGUCCUACAUUGUUGACUAGUUCGCAUUCGGAUGUGAUGUCAAUACUAAAAAGGAUUCAGUACCUCCCCGUUGUCUUCCUAGCAGCCUCUUCCAUUCCAUUCUCGACCUUCCUCCUGUUCGUCAAUUACCUCUACAUCUUCUUAAUACCCGAAAACACCUUUCAUCACCACCUCAAGAAAAUGCCGGGCUUCAGGUCGAAGACCAUCCUUCUGAGUGGGAUCAAUACUCCCCAUGGCUUGCGACUAGCCAGGGCGUUUUACGAGACUGGUCACAAUGUUGUAGGAGCCGACUAUGAGCCAGGAGGAGUUCCGAUUCAUGUCCGUUUCUCAAGAGCAUUGACUCGGUUCCAUAGACUCCCAUAUCAGUGUGAAGAAAGACGAGUCGUCGCAUACAUUACUGCUCUGCUUCGGAUCAUAGAACAAGAACAUGCUGAUCUCUGGAUCAAUUGCACCAGCAGUACAGAUCCAAACGUUGAAGCACAGGCAAGAAACAUAAUUGAACAGACGACGAAUUGCCACUGUUUUGCACUACGAUUGAAUGAUGCUCCGUCCUUCGCCACACGGCAUGCAUUUUUGUCACACACCAAGAGCUUAGGUCUGCCUGUCCCAGAAGCAUACGAUGUCAGGUCUCGAGAUGAGAUACAUAAUGUGCUCAACACAGCGCAUGGUAACCGGAAAUACAUGCUUCACAGUCCGGAACACGUCGGAGUUUCAACGAAUCGUGUCAGAACAGUGCUACCCAGACGAACAUUAAGUCAGACAUACAACACGGUCUCCCAGAUUGCCAUUGCCAAAGCCCACCCCUUGAGGUUGGAGCAGGAUACAGAUGGAUUGGAAAGAUUCUCUACCUUUGCAGUCAUCGUUAGGGGAGAGGUCACAGCAUUUGUCGCCAGUUCUUCUAGCCAUGCUAGUUGUUAUCGAGCCCUAGAUCCCAACUCCGCCCUCAACCGGUUUAUGUUACAUUUUGUCCAAACAUUCGCGCGCAGACAAGGGACCGGUUUCAAUACCCAUUUGGGUAUCGAAUUUUGCAUCGAAGAGCGAGUCAUCGAAACAGGAGUGGUGAAAAGCAUCCUACCCGCUGAUGUCUCCGUUCAAGCCCAGGCGGCAGCACUAUUGUUCCGUGGGGUAAGUGGCUCGACACAAUUGGCCCGAGCAUAUCUAGCUUGCCUGUUACCAGAGCUAGAGGAUGACGACAAGCAAUCCAGGUCUGCGUUUUGGGUCCAAAAUCACCGAGUUGAUGGGGAUGCGGCCAUGCCAAGUUCAAAUUCAUCUGGAAUCUACUGCUUCGGUCAGGAUUUGCUUCAACUAUGUCUUGCACCACUCAUCAAUGUGAUCACCGUCCGAAGCAGCCUGAUUGAUUGUCUGGGGAAUUUAGUCCUCUUCAUCAAGCACCUACUCUUAUGGCAAGAUGAUACGUAUAGUCCCCGAGAUCCGAUCCCAUUUUGGUGGUCCUAUCAAAUUUAUAUCCCAUUAAGGUUGAUUAUGACCGCUAUAUUGGUGGGAGAUAACGGCGACAGAACAUUGUUGACGGAUCGACCGCAGCAAUACGAGAAGUCAAGGCAAGAGGCCGGCUGA